AUGUCAUCUAUAAAUAAUGAAAAUGUAUUAAACUUAGAUCAAGAGCAAUAUUAUACUAGUGACCAAGAAUAUACAGAUAAUACUCAGGAUGAUGAUGGCGAUGAAGAGAGUUAUCAUCAAGUUAAUCAUGAAUUUGAAAAUAAAAGAGUUACCUUACAAAGAUUUACAAUUUAUAAUUCAAUUUCGACAAUGUAUAUUGUAGGUAGUAAUUCAAAAGAAAGCUUAUUCAGAAUUAUUGAAAUUAGUAAAGAUCAAAAUGAUAAUUUAAUUAUAAUUGAAGAUAAGAAUUUCUUUUAUACUAGAAAAGAUAUGAUUGAAUUAUUAAAUAGUCUUAAUGAUACAAUUGAUGGUGGGAUUCAUAAAUUAGCUCAAGGUUCUGGUUUAUUAGGAUUUAUUAAAUUUACAAAAGAUUACUAUUUAUGUUUAAUUACUAAAUGUUCACAAGUUGCAAUUUUGGGAGGGCAUUUUAUUUAUCAUAUUGAUGAAACAAAAUUAAUACCUUUAGGUACGACUUAUAAAAGACCAGAAAAAUAUAGCGAUGAAGAACGUUUACUUUCAAUUUUCAAAUAUAUGGAUUUAGGUAAAACUUUUUAUUUUAGCUAUAGUUAUGAUAUAACAAAUACUUUACAAACUAACUUUAUGAGACAUAAAUUGAAAGCCUAUAAAAUGCAAUUUGGUAAAGUACCUUCAUCAUUCCAAAAUGAAUUAUACUCAAGAUUUGAUCAUAAUGAAAGAUUUGUUUGGAAUAGUUUAUUAUUAAAACCAAUUCUUGAAGGUGAAAAUAAUGAGAUAGCUACCUAUGAAUGGUUCCAAAGGACGAUUCAUGGGUUCAUUGACGAAGCUAAGAUCUCCAUAUACGGAAGGAGCUUUUACAUAUGUUUAAUAGCCAGAAGAAGUAAAUAUUUUGCUGGUGCUAGAUUUUUAAAAAGAGGGGUUAAUGAUAAAGGUAAUGUGGCAAAUGAAAUUGAAACUGAACAAAUUGUAAGUGAUAUGUUAACUUCAUCAUUUCAUGAUUCAAAACAUGGGUUUUUCAAUAAUUCAAGAUAUACUAGCUUUGUACAAUAUCGAGGUUCAAUACCAUUAUUUUGGACUCAAGACAUGAAUAAAUUACCAAAACCACCAAUACAAAUUAACUUACCAGAUCCUUUUUAUCAAAGUUCAGCUUUACAUUUUAACAAUUUAUUUUAUAGAUAUGGAUCUCCAAUAAUUAUAUUAAAUUUAAAUAAACAGAAGGAGAAACAACCAAGAGAAUCAAAAUUAAAUGUUCAUUAUUCAAAUUGUAUAACUUAUUUAAAUCAAUUCCUACCGAAGAAACAUAAAUUACAACUACACAGCUUUGACAUGUCAAAACAUUCUAAAAAAAAUUUAGAUGUUAUUGGUCCAUUACAAAAGAUUGCAAAAUCAUCAAUUAAACAAAUACAAGUAUUUCAUAAUGGACAUAAUAUUGAAUCUACAAAAUUACAAAAAGGUAUAAUUAGAACAAAUUGUAUUGAUUGUUUAGAUAGAACAAAUGCUGCACAAUUUAUAAUUUGUAAAGAAGCAUUAACUUUGCAAUUACAAGAAUUGGAAAUUAUUUCCAGUUCAAAAAACUUGGAUUAUGAUUCAGAUUUAAUUAAUAUCCUUACUGAAAUGUUUCAUGAUCAUGGAGAUACAAUUGCUAUACAAUAUGGUGGUUCAAAUUUAGUAAAUACAAUGGAUUCUUAUCGUCGAAUUAAUCAAUGGUCAUCGCAUACAAGAGAUAUGUUAAAUAGUAUUAAACGUAUUUACUCGAAUUCAUUUAUGGAUUCAAUUAGACAAGAAGCUAUCAAUUUAUUCCUUGGAAAUUAUAUAUAUGAUCCAAAUAAACCUAAAUUAUGGGAAUUACAAAAUGAUUUUGCAUUACAUAAUGAUUCAUCAAUGACGAAUUUAGAUGUAAAAAGAAGUUAUACACAUUGGUUCAAUGAAAAAUAUUUGAAUGAAGCAAGAUUUGAUACAAAUAUUGUAACUCCAAAUGUAAGGCUUGAGCCUUAUCCUGAUUCAAAUGAAAAAUGGUUUAAUGAAUGUUAUGUACCAAAGAAAUAUCAACCAUUUACAGAUUUAUUCCAAUUUAAUAUGAAUUCAAAUUCAAGAUAUUUUCCAAAUGAUAAUAAUACAAGAUUUGAUUAUAGUCCAUUUGAAUCUAGAAAAAGAAAUGAUAAAAAAGCAGGAGAAUCAGAAAUUAAAUAUUUAGAAGGAACGGAACCAAAUGAAAAGUACCCAGAACCAGAAAUUAAAUAUACAGAAUCAAUCAAGUGCUCAGGAGAAUUUACAUUGAGACCAGAAUCAACUUCAUCUGAUUCAACAUCAAUUACUGUCAAUGAUUCAGAUUUAAAACUUUAUCAAACACAAUUUGAGUUUGAAAAAAUUGUUAAAUUGAAACCGUCAAUGUUACAACAAACAAGAUUUAAACCAAGUUUAGAAGAUGUUGAAAAAUAUAAAUAUUGUUCAAAGGAAAUUUUGAAUAGGAUAAGAGAUUCACAUAUUGGAAAUUAUUUAGAUUGCAAUUUAAUAAGUGCUGAAAGUUUUAAAUUGUAUUGGAAUUAUAGUGGUAAUGAUGAUAGAUUAGAUUUGGAAACUGAUAAUAACUAUUUUAUAUAA